AGGCACUUGAGAAGCACAUGUAGUAUUAGCUCAGACCAUUCAGCUUCUUCCCUUUCAUUUAAGCAUAUGAACAUCUGGAGAGGGCCAAAUGUGAACUGCGUUGACAGUACGGGAUACACUCCACUGCACCAUGCUGCUUUGAAUGGUCAUAAGGAUGUGGUGGAAGUUCUGCUGAGGAACGAUGCGCUAACCAACGUAGCAGACUGUAAAGGCUGUUACCCUCUUCACCUGGCAGCUUGGAAGGGAGAUGCAGACAUAGUGAAGCUCCUCAUCCAUCAGGGACCUUCGCAUACUAAAGUGAAUGAGCAGAAUGCUCUUGAGAUCAAAGAACUCAAAAAGUACGGCCCCUUUGACCCAUAUAUCAAUGCCAAGAACAACGACAACGAGACGGCGCUGCACUGCGCCGCGCAGUACGGCCACACGGAGGUGGUGAAGGUCCUUCUGGAGGAGCUGACCGACCCCACCAUGCGCAAUAACAAGUUUGAGACUCCGCUGGACCUGGCCGCGCUCUACGGGAGGCUGGAAGUUGUGAAGAUGCUCUUGAACGCUCACCCCAAUCUUUUAAGCUGCAACACUAAGAAACACACUCCCCUGCACUUGGCAGCUAGGAAUGGUCACAAAACUGUAGUCCAUGUCCUCCUGGAUGCUGGCAUGGAUAGCAACUAUCAGACUGAAAAAGGCAGUGCUUUGCACGAAGCUGCUUUGUUUGGCAAGACAGAUGUGGUGCAAAUAUUGCUGGCUGCAGGUAUUGAUGUGAACAUAAAGGAUAACAGAGGCCUGACAGCUCUGGAUAUUGUCAGGGAACUUCCUUCGCAGAAAAGCCAACACAUAGCAGCUCUCAUCGAAGAUUACACGAUUGGGAAGAAAAGUGCCAAAGCUGCAGAGAAGACUGUUCAAGCACCGCUUGUUCCAGCCACUGAUCCUGUGUGCCGGAUAUCUCAGGGUGAUGUGGAGAAAGCAGUUACAGAACUGAUCAUAGAUUUUGAUGUGAACCCAGAAAAGGAGAGCCCGUAUGAAGCUUUAUACAAUGCAACGUCCUGCCACUCCCUGGACAGCCUUGCCAGUGGGAGAUCUUCAGAUCGAGAGUCUGUGAAUAAGGAGGUGGAAUCAACUGCUCUCAAAGCAGCAGGAGUCAGGCCUAGAGAACGUCCACCCCCGCCUGCCAAGCCUCCACCUGAUGAAGAGGAGGAUCAGACUGCGGAGAAGAAGAUGGGCCAUGGUACUUCCUCUGAGGCCUCUGUUGCACGAGGAAAGAGCAGGGGAAGUGGAGCUGAGGAAGAAGAACACCCUUAUGAGCUGUUGCUUACAGCAGAAACUAAAAAGCCAGUUGCGGUGGAUAGGAAAACAAAAGGUAAACGUCGGAUGAGUGGCAGCCGCAGCCAGGACUCUGCCGACGGCCAGGACAUCCAGGUUCCAGAGCAGUUUUCAGGGUUGCUUCACGGUUCUUCCCCGAUCUGUGAGAUAAGUGAGGACCCUUUCAGGCUCGUUUCCUCCACAGAGAAAGGAGGCACGGAAGCUACAAGCCACCCACCUGCUAUGCAGCUGGAGGAUGCUGACUUACCUGCCUCUGGAUCACUACGGACCAGCUCUCCGGACCAAAACCAGAAAGUGGUCUACGCAACCGUCCAGCACACGCGCGUCAACCGGGCGGAUCCCGAAACUGUAGUCACGCCCCACGUGCUACAGCACCCCGGCGGUGCUGAGGAAGAGGGGGACAGAGCUGUGGGCAGAGCCCACCCGGGGAGCAAGCCCAAAGCCGAGCUUAAACUCAGCCGCAGCUUGUCCAAAUCAGACUCUGAUCUUCUGACCUGCUCUCCGACAGAGGACGAUGCCAUGGGGAGCCGGAGCGAAUCGCUCUCGAACUGCAGCACUGGGAAGAAGAGGCUGGAGAAAUCCCCGUCCUUUGCUUCGGAGUGGGAUGAGAUUGAGAAAAUCAUGAGUUCCAUUGGCGAAGGCAUUGACUUCUCUCAGGAGCAGCAGAGGAUCUCAGGUUCGCGGAUGCUGGAGCAGAGUGUCGGGGAGUGGCUGGAGUCCAUUGGCCUGCAGCAAUAUGAGAGUAAGCUGCUUUUGAACGGCUUUGAUGAUGUCCGCUUUCUG